CCGCCUGUCCGGAGAGCACUGGUGGGCGGGUGAGGGAUAAAGUGGGCGGCCCCACGGCCCAUCCCGCGGCCCCUCCCUCGGUCCCCUCCCUCCCUCCUGCCCACUCGGCUCCUGCGUCUGGGGUGGUCAGGACCUGGAGCCUCCUCGGCCUUGUCCAGCCAGGACCUCAGGGCCCACGCCACUGCCACGAUGCUCCAGGGCCCCUUCUCUGCGCUCCUGCUCGGGGGGCUCCUGGGGGCCCUGCAUGCCCAGCAGCAGGAGGUCAUCUCGCCGGACACCUCCACUUCUGAGCGAAACAACAACUGCCCAGAGAAGGCCGACUGCCCCGUCCACGUGUACUUCGUGCUGGACACCUCGGAGAGCGUGGCCAUGCAGUCCCCGACGGACAGCCUGCUCUACCACAUGCAGCAGUUCGUGCCGCAGUUCAUCAGCCAGCUGCAGGACGAGCUCUACCUGGACCAGGUGGCCCUGAGCUGGCGCUACGGCGGCCUGCACUUCUCCGACCAGGUGGAGGUGUUCAGCCCGCCGGGCAGCGACAGGGCCUCCUUCACCAAGAGCCUGCAGAACAUCCGCUCCUUCCGCCGGGGCACCUUCACCGACUGUGCGCUGGCCAACAUGACCCAGGAGAUCCGGCAGCACGUGGGCCGCGGCGUGGUCAACUUCGCCGUGGUCAUCACCGACGGCCACGUCACGGGCAGCCCGUGUGGGGGCAUCAAGCUGCAGGCCGAGCGGGCCCGCGAGGAGGGCAUCCGGCUCUUCGCCGUGGCCCCCAACAGGAACCUGAACGAGCAGGGCCUGCGGGACCUCGCCAGCACCCCCCACGAGCUCUACCGCAACAACUACGCCACCAUGCGGCCCGACUCCACCGAGAUCGACCAGGACACCAUCAACCGCAUCAUCAAGGUCAUGAAACACGAAGCCUACGGAGAGUGCUACAAGGUGAGCUGUCUGGAGAUCCCUGGGCCACCCGGCCCCAAGGGCUACCGCGGACAGAAGGGUGCCAAGGGCAACAUGGGUGAGCCAGGAGAGCCUGGACAGAAGGGACGACAGGGAGAUCCAGGCAUCGAGGGCCCCAUUGGGUUCCCAGGACCCAAGGGUGUUCCAGGCUUCAAAGGAGAGAAGGGUGAAUUUGGAGCCGACGGACGGAAGGGGGCUCCUGGCCUGGCUGGCAAGAAUGGGACUGACGGGCAGAAGGGCAAGCUGGGCCGCAUUGGGCCUCCUGGCUGCAAGGGGGACCCAGGAAACCGGGGCCCCGACGGGUACCCAGGGGAAGCUGGAAGCCCAGGCGAGCGGGGAGACCAAGGUGCCAAGGGGGACUCAGGCCGCCCAGGUCGCAGGGGACCCCCAGGAGACCCUGGAGACAAAGGAAGCAAGGGAUACCAAGGCAACAACGGAGCCCCAGGAAGUCCUGGCGUGAAAGGAGCCAAGGGUGGACCUGGGCCCCGCGGACCCAAAGGCGAGCCGGGGCGCAGGGGAGACCCCGGAACCAAGGGCGGCCCAGGCAGCGACGGCCCCAAGGGGGAGAAGGGCGACCCUGGCCCCGAGGGCCCCCGGGGCCUGGCCGGAGAGGUCGGCAACAAGGGAGCCAAGGGAGAUCAGGGAUUGCCUGGACCCAGAGGCCCCCAGGGGGCACCUGGGGAGCCCGGGAAGCAGGGAUCUCGGGGAGACCCUGGUGACGCUGGGCCCCGCGGAGACUCGGGACAGCCGGGCCCCAAGGGAGACCCCGGCAGGCCUGGAUUCAGCUACCCAGGACCGCGAGGGACACCCGGAGAUAAAGGCGAGCCCGGUCCCCGUGGCCCUGAGGGAGGCCGAGGAGACUUCGGCACGAAAGGAGGUCCGGGGAGGAAAGGAGAGAAGGGGGAGCCUGCAGAUCCUGGUCCCCCUGGCGAGCCGGGCCCUCGGGGGCCUAGAGGAGUCCCAGGACCUGAGGGUGAGCCCGGCCCCGCCGGAGACCCAGGCCUCACGGAGUGUGACGUCAUGACCUACGUGCGGGAGACCUGCGGCUGCUGCGACUGCGAGAAGCGCUGCGGCGCCCUGGACGUGGUCUUCGUCAUCGACAGCUCCGAGAGCAUCGGCUACACCAACUUCACCCUGGAGAAGAACUUCGUCAUCAACGUGGUCAACAGGCUGGGCGCCAUGGCCAAGGACCCCAAGUCAGAGACGGGCACCCGCGUGGGCGUGGUGCAGUACAGCCACGAGGGCACCUUCGAGGCCAUCCAGCUGGACGACGAGCGCAUCGACUCGCUGUCCAGCUUCAAGGAGGCCGUCAAGAACCUGGAGUGGAUCGCGGGCGGCACCUGGACGCCCUCCGCCCUCAAGUUCGCCUACAACAAGCUCAUCAAGGACAGCCGCCGCCACAAGACCCGCGUGUUCGCCGUGGUCAUCACGGACGGGCGGCACGACCCGCGGGACGACGACCUGAACCUGCGGGCGCUGUGCGCGGGCGACGUCACCGUGACCGCCAUCGGCAUCGGGGACAUGUUCCACGAGCGCCACGAGAGCGAGAACCUCUUCUCCAUCGCCUGCGACCAGCCGCAGCAAGUGCGCAACAUGACCCUUUUCUCCGACCUGGUGGCCGAGCGCUUCAUCGACGACAUGGCCGACGUCCUCUGCCCGGACCCCCAGAUCGUGUGCCCGGAGCUUCCCUGCCAAACAGAGCUGUACGUGGCGCAGUGCACGCAGCGGCCCGUGGACAUCGUCUUCCUGCUGGACGGCUCCGAGCGGCUGGGUGAGCAGAACUUCCACAAGGCGCGCGGCUUCGUGGAGGAGGUGUCCCGGCGUCUGACGCUGGCCCGCAGGGAGGACGACCCCCUCAACGCCCGCGUGGCCCUGGUGCAGUACGGCGGCCAGCAGGAGCAGCAGGUGGCCUUCCCGCUGACCUCCAACCUGACGGUCAUCCACGAGGCGCUGCAGGACCUCCGCUACCUCAACUCCUUCUCCCACGUGGGCGCCGGCAUCGUGCACGCCAUCAACAGCGUGGUGCGGGGCGCCAGGGGCGGGGCCCGGCGCCACGCGGAGCUGGCCUUCGUCUUCCUCACCGACGGCGUCACGGGCAACGCCAGCCUGGAGGAGUCCCUGCACUCCAUGCGCAAGCAGAACGUGGUGCCCACCGUGGUGGCCGUGGGCAGCGACGUGGACAUGGACGUGCUGCACAAGAUCAGCCUGGGCGACCGGGCGGCCAUCUUCCGCGAGAAGGACUUCGACAGCCUGGUGCAGCCCGGCUUCUUCGACAGGUUCAUCCGCUGGAUCUGUUAGCGCCGCCCACCUUGCGCUCCCGCAUGGUGCUCCUGGGGCCCCGCCUGGCAGACCAGCCGGCUUGCUCGGGGUCUCUCCCUGCAGCCAGAGCCUUUCUCCCAAGGAGGUUGGGAUGGGAGGACCCCCACUCCAGGCCCUGCCCAGCGGGGCUCCCAGGCCCCGCCAGCCUCUCUGUACCACAGCACCUCGCCCUCAAGGCCUCUGCCAGCCCAGAGGCUCCCCGUGCCCUGUAGUCCACGGACUCUGUCCUUCGGCCUCCCUGCCUCCCCUCCCCUUCCAAAGGCUUUUCCAGCCCUGCUGGGGCCUGGUCACCACCUGCCCUUAACCCCUGAGCUCAUGAGCUCGCCCGAGAGCCCUGUCCAUGCACCAAUAAAGGCUUGGACCCCCUGCUGCUGCCAGUCCCCAGUGUCUGCCCAGCUGGCCCCUCACAGGUAAGGCUGCGCCUCGAGGCCUCCCCCAGCCCUGAGACCACGCUGUGUGCACACACCACCAGGGACCUCCGUUGCCCUGCGUCCCCCACCCCCAGUCCAGGGACUGCCGCAGGCACUAGCCACACUCUCCAUCCCCAAGCGACCAGUCUCAGCAAGAACUGCACCCUGCCACUGCACUGGGCUGACCUCUCCCCAGUCCCAAGCCAGGACAGGGGGCUCCCAGACACCCCCGGUUCUAGGAGGGCAAGCUGUGGGCGGCCAGGAGGAAGUGGGCAGCAAGUGAUGGCCAGAAGGACAUGCACAUGGGUGAUUUGGGGUAUUUCAGACCCCAGGUCUCUUGCUAGCCUGUGGGAGGUUCCGUGGGGAAAGGUCAGUUUGCAGGGGAGAUGACCACACCUCCCGUGGGCCCGCAGGUCCCCUGAGCAUCACACCUAAGUCCACUCACUGACAGCCCGGUCUUCCUCACGUCCCUCAGCAAGCACCCGGCCAACAUCCCACAGCCAGCACGGCCCUCGCCAGAGACAACCCUCUGUCACCAACAGACCCCAGCAAAGGCUCCCGGGUCUCCCUCCCGAUCCCAUCGGCCCCUCCCCACCAGACCAGUAUCACCCUCCCCGCCAGCACCUGCCACCCCCGAAAACCCCACUCCCAGCCAGGCCCCUCCUCUGGGCACAUACGCAGCCUCACCACUGCCCCCACUGACCUCUCCCAUGGACCUCCCCCACGGGCCUCCCCACUGAUGUCCUCCCGGCCUCUCCACACCAGACGCUCUCUCAACACCGCACCUGCACCUCACCAACACCUCCAGCCGCAGCUCCCUUACCGGGUCAUCCGAGUGUCCCCACCUCCCUGUGCCUUCAGACCUCUGCCAUGGUAGCUGUGGACCAUGUGGCCUGGACAGCCCUGGGCCAGGAAGGAGCUGUCCCUACUGGACAGGCUCACGGGAACACGCCUCGCUCCCGAGGGCCCAGCUACGGUCACCACCCCCCUCCACGCUGGGGGCAGCCCUGCCUCACCCCCAUGGGGACGCUGCUUCUGCUACCCCGUCCAGCUGCCCUCCCACGCCCGGACAUGCUGGAGGGAGGAGAUGGUCACCAGCCAGGGCUCUCCCAGCCCAGGCCCCCGCCCUGCCUUCGGGUCAAGCUUGCAGUGGCCGGGCAGCGUGGUGGGAAGGCCCAUCCCGGCCUCUGCUGGGUCUGUGCUGGGAGGCCGGUCCCUGAGCCUCUUCUGGGCAGCUCCUGAAGAAGCCUCGCCGGGCAGGCGGGGCAGGACGGGCGGCAUUCUCCUCUGUUCUCCACCAGCCCCGGAGCUGGGGAUGGGCCUGAGUCAGUGAGUGCGUCUGGCCAUCCCCAGGACCCAGGACCCAAUGCCCUCCUGGGACCCACGCUUGGGACCUGCAGCUGCACCCUGGCCGUGGCGAAGGGCCCCCAGGGCUGGGGUGAGGUCCUGGCAGCUGCUGCACCCCAGCUGCCAACAGCCCCCGCCAGUGCCCAACCAGUGACCGGCACCCUCACACACAGAGACAGCGGUCUGCCCAGCCCCAAGCCCUGGACACAGGCCCCUCCCUGGGGCCGACACGGUGCCGGCCUUCCUGAGACCUGGGCCCCAAUCAGCAUGGCUGCGUCCCCCAGGGCACUUUGGCCAGCGCUCACACUGCAGGAAGGGCCAGCAGCCACAAAACCAUAGACCACCUGGCCCUGCAGCCUCCGGCAGAUCAUGGCAGAGCCAGCCACCCAGAUCCCCCAGUGCUGGAGGAACCCCAGCCCACAGCCACUGGACCGAAGGACAGGUGGAGAAAGUGACGUGGAGCAUCAGGCGGGGUCUGUGGGUGCAAGAGGCAGCUUGAGGUCAGUGUGCGCCUGCUGCCCGGCACGACAGUUCCUCCUGACCCAGGAUGGGAGGGAAGGGGGCCCCUCCACCCUCCACGCAUCCCCCAUGAAAGGGCCCAACCUCUGCGCCAGCCCCCAGGCACCUGGACCCACUUCCUGGCAGCAGCAGACAGACCUGUGGUCACUGCUCAGCCUGCAGCUGUUCAGGGAUGUGGCCUGGGGGAGACCUGAGGCCAAGGGUCAGAAACUGAGACCAGGACCUGCAGCCACUGUGCCCAGAGGCCUGGGGUGCCCUCAAGGGUGAGGACCGUGGGGUCUCUGUGGAGACCACAGGAGCCCUGGGGACAGAGGGCCUCUGAGGACUCAGGGGACAGGAGAGCCCCUGGGACAACCAGGGCCUGGGGACUGCAGGAGUGUGACUCUGGGUACUGGCCCUCAGGGCCUCUCUGAGCAUCUGGCUGGCCAGUCCCCUCCUGCAAGACAGGGUCAGGGAGCCCUGGGGCAGCAGGCAGAAGCUGAGGUGUGCCCUCUGCGGGCGGAGGUCCAGCCCCCACCCUCUGGCCAGGGUUUGCUCGUGUUCUCUGCCCUGUCCUCUCUCCCAGAGCCUCAGAGUUCAAGGAGAGCCUGGGUCAGCCCCUCAGAGCCCUGCUGGCCCCUGGUCUAGGACUGGCCAGUGUCUGGACCCACCUCCUGGCUCAGGGUCCAGAUGGAGGUCACAGCACGGAAGCCUCCUGCAGAGGGAGAGCUGGCCAGGGUCCUGCAGCCUUCGCAGGUUAGAGCGCACAGGUGUGAACUGGGUGUUGGCCACGGGUAGAGCUCCGGAAUGCAAGGGUAGCACACGCGUGACCAGCUGCCCUAUCCUUGGGGGACUCCUGACCUUUAAAGAGCCACUGGUGCCCUGGUGGCGCCCAACGUGGGGCCCCUCAAGGCUGAUCCGCAGCCAAAGCGAAGAGGCAGCUUCGAAACCAAAAGUACCGACAGAUCGGGCCAAGCGAGUUCCGAGGUGAGGGCAUCCCUGAAAAGAUGGGGCAAACACACACCACCCAUGGUGACCCUGCACUCUCAGCUCUUAGACUCAUGCUGGAGAGCAGGGGCCUUGAGUGGUCUGAUACACAGGCGGGAAAAGCCUGGGACACCCUUACUCGGGUGGCACCUUGGCUUCCUGCCGCUGAUCUUUGACUGGUCCACAUGGGAUCGUGUAGAACAACUUGUUAGGAGGAGGAAAAUCAGUUUAGGGGA